CCAGUCCCGCUGCGGAGCACGACCUCUUGCGGAUAAACGACCUCACUUGCCCCCCUUUUUUUUAUUUUUUGGGAACCCUUCGCUCGCCCCGGUACCUCUUCGGCCAGCCACUGAACCCGACCACCGUCGAGCUGCCGCCACUUCCCCCUGACAGCAGCCUCCUCCUCCGCAGAGGAGGGGCCACUCACUUCAGCCAACUUUCGGGAGAAAAUGUUUGGAAUUUCGUUUCCGCUUUAGGGAGUCGACGGUGAUUUUUUUUAUGAUUUUGUAGUCGAUUUUACAUCCAUCUUUUCUUUUCCACGACAACUUUGACAGUCUCUUUCUCAGCCGAACGGUCCCGGAUUAAACUAUCGUCGCGACGAUGGCUUCCUCGCCGCAGAAGUCUCCGUCCUCUCCCAAGUCUCCGACUCCCAAAUCCCCGUCCUCCAGAAAGAAAGACGACUCUUUCCUCGGGAAACUCGGUGGGACUUUAGCGAGGAGGAAAAAGGCGAAAGAAGUGUCAGAGCUUCAGGAGGAGGGGAUCAAUGCCAUCAACCUUCCUCUCAGCCCCUCCCACUACGAGCUGGACCCCGAGGACACCAUGCUAGAGGAGAACGAAGUGCGCACCAUGGUGGACCCCAACUCCAAGAACGACCGCAAGCUGCAGGAGCUCAUGAGGGUGUUGAUCGACUGGAUAAAUGACGUCCUGGUGGGCGAGAGGAUAAUUGUGAAGGAUCUGGCUGAGGACCUGUAUGACGGACAGGUCCUGCAGAAGCUCUUCGAGAAGCUGGAGGGCGAGAAGCUGAACGUGGCGGAGGUGACCCAGUCGGAGAUCGCGCAGAAACAGAAGCUGCAGACGGUUCUGGAGCGCAUCAACGACUCGCUCAAACUCUCCACCAGGAACAUCCGCUGGAACGUCGACUCGGUUCACGCCAAGAGUAUCGUGGCCAUCCUGCACCUACUGGUGGCGCUGUCGCAGCACUUCAGAGCACCGAUCCGAUUGCCCGACCACGUCUCUAUUCAAGUGGUGGUCGUCCAGAAAAGAGAGGGAAUCCUCCAGUCCCGGCAAAUUCAAGAGGAAAUCACCGGCAACACGGAGGCCUUCUCUGGCCGACACGAACGCGACGCUUUCGAUACCCUGUUUGACCACGCGCCGGAUAAACUGAACGUCGUCAAAAAGACACUGAUCACAUUUGUGAACAAGCACCUCAACAAGCUCAACCUAGAGGUGUCUGAAUUGGACACACAGUUUGCAGACGGCGUCUAUCUGGUGUUGCUGAUGGGCCUGUUGGAGGGAUACUUUGUGCCGCUCUACAACUUUUUCCUCACACCAGAGAAUUUUGACCAAAAGGUCCACAACGUGUCCUUCUCCUUUGAGCUGAUGCAGGAUGGCGGUCUGGAGAGACCGAAGCCCCGACCAGAGGAUAUAGUGAACUGCGACCUUAAGUCGACACUGCGCGUCCUCUACAACCUCUUCACCCGGUACAGGAACGUGGACUGAGCACCGGAUGUGGUGGAACCCGUUACACCUUGGACCAUAACUUAAAGAUAUGCCUUUCCUUCGACUUGUCGUAGAAGUCUGUUGUUAUCUGAUUGCAUACAUCACAUUGCUGUCCCUGUUGGAUACUGUACACACACACACAUGCACGUCUGUAUUUUAUUUCCAUUGCUGCAGAGACAGAGAAAGCCCUGAGAGGCAUGUGGGAAGAAAGCAAAAAACCAAAUGUGUUGACCCAUGUGAUCGGAAUAUUAUUUUUGUUGCGUUUAUGACUAAAGAACAGGUUAGAAAAAAAGAAGGAAAAGAAAUGCUCUUAUAUUUUGUCUUUUCAGCAUUUAAACUAAAUGUUGACAGCUGAUUAUGGUUUUUGUUGUGUCAUAUUAAUUUAGGCAACACAAAACUGAAAUGCACCACGACCUAUUGAUCUAAAAUAGGACGCAUACGCAUUGAGGUUUUUUUCCAGCUGAGUUCUGAUUUCCAUAGUUGCUAACGCGUGCUGAAUGCACCUUGUUUUGAGCGUGCAGGGAGGAAAUUAAAACUCAACUGGAAGAAAACAUUAAUGCUUUUAGUCCUAUUGAAAACAUAUGAUGGUGGUGCAUUUUGAUCUUGUGUCCACGAAAUAAGCAUUUUUGUAAAGCUCCUGGCAAAAAAACGUUUUGUUUUCAAGUCAUAAACACAGGAGAGAAAUGGAUCACCAGAUUGCUUUUCUUUUUUUCAACUAUCCUUUUAGGGCUUCCAUAGCUUCUGACUCGCGUGACACUAAAAGACCUUGUAUCGUCGAUCGGGCUUCGCUACGCAGUUUUCCGGACGUCUAUGAAAUAAGAUAGCCACUGGUAAUGUUUAGCGAGGCCGAAGAGGUAAAUCUGUCACAAAGCAACACUUGUGUCUAAAAAUCCCUAAAGGAAAGAAAAAACCUUUCACUGUAUUAUUUGUACAUUUUGAUAACCUUGUUCCUUCUCACUCGCCCUUCUCUCCUCUCUCGCUCAUGUCAUUCCUAAGUGCCUUUUUAAUAAUAAGACGUGUGAACACAGCGAGCAGCUCCCAGUUCGUCAUGCUGGGACGCACAUGCUCCCCAGUUGUCUUAAAGUUCCAGAUUCCUUUUUUUGACCUUUUUGAAAUAUCUGACCAAAGCCCUGUUGUAUUCACUCUGUAAAUCAUAUAAAGGCAUUACUCAGCAGCC